GCCGCCCGCCAGGGAGCGCGCCGCCUCGGGCUCGGCGGCAGGUGUCCUGCGCGCGACCUGGCGAACCCGCUGCGCACCCGGCUGCCUCGGCGCCCCGGACCCGAAGUUUUCUCGGCAAGUUCGAGCUCCAGCGGCGGAAGCUUGAAGCCCAGGAUGGUUCUGUCCAACACGACGGCGCUGACGCCCUUUCUGACGGCGCUGUGGCAGGGGACGGUUGCACAGGGCGGUAACUCGUCGGGCCUGGCCCGCAGGGCGCCCGGCGGCAACGAUGGCCAGCUGGCGGCGCUCUACAUCCUCAUGGUGCUGGGCUUCUUCGGCUUCUUCACCCUGGGCAUCAUGCUGAGCUACAUCCGCUCCAAGAAGCUCGAGCACUCCCACGACCCGUUCAACGUGUACAUCGAGUCUGACUCCUGGCAGGAGAAGGACAAGGCGUACUUCCAGGCCCGGGUUCUGGAGACCUACAAGGCGUGUUAUGUCAUUGAAAACCAGCUGGCUGUAGAGCGGCCCCACACACACCUUCCCGAGAUAAAACCUUUGUCAUGACCCCACGGCGGGUGUUAAAACUGGACGAGUCCUACUUGGAGAUCUGAUUUUUCUCAUCACGUGCCUUUGGUGUUCUUUAGGGUAGGGAUGUAAUUGGCGUUCUUUGCAAUCAUAAGGGGUAAGGGGUGGCUUCAUAAUCCUUAUUUCUCCACAAUCACAUUCUUUCUCUGAUGACCUCCAGAUGUUCCCCAGUAUCUGUCCCUGCCUUGUUGAUUUUAGCAGCAGCUCUGAGAUUACGGCCUCAGAGCAUAAGAGCGCUAUUUCCCAGACUCCCUUGCAGCUAGCAGGUCAUGUAAUGUUGCUCUGACCAGUAGAAGUGGGAGGAGAGGGUGUGUCCUCCACUCCCCUCCAUCCCCCCCUUCCCAGUGGCUGGGACGGGGACACGGUAGUGAGGCAGCUUUGACUCUGGAAGAGGACAGCAGCCUCACAGAUGGCGGAGCAGAAAGAUGCGGGGCAAUGUCAUGGGGCAGGACCUCUCUGUCUUCCCGCUCACCACCAGCUCAGGCAUCGUGGGAAGGAAACUAACUCUGACCUUCCUUGGGCCCCUGUUAUUUUGGUUCCUGUCAAAAUAACAGAGUCAGUAACCUAACUAAUAUCCUAUUUUAUGGGACUGAGACCAGAGGCACAAUAUUCUCAGAUUUGUCAAGCAUGCACCCUGCCCUUCUCACAGGACAAUACCACUCUGCCCUUGUCACUAAUGCCCACGCUGCGGUGGCUCUGGCCUCCUCUUCCUCCCUGCCUCCUUCCCCUCCCCUCCAUCCACCCUUCACAGCCCCCCCAAACACAGACCCACUCACACCCACACACACUCACAGAUACAUACAUGUGCACACAGAGAAACACACACAGACACUUCCUACUCACACAUGUCAAUCUCAAAAUAACUCACUUCCUUCAGGACUGAGAUUCCAGAGAAAAACUUUCCACUUUAGAAUGUGUACCAAGGGGAGGGGAGGUGCACCUGCCACCCCAGAACCCAGGAGAGGGAAUGGGUCUGGGUAAGUGGCAAUGCACGGGGUCAAGGGGACAGGGCAUGUCGAGACAAUGUACCCAUCGUGGUUGAACUGGGUCCCCCCAAAAGACAUGUUCAAGUCCUAACCCUGGUACCUGUAAAUGUGACCGUUCUUAAGAGGGUCUUGGCAGAUGUCAUCAGGUGAAGAUGCGGUCAUUGGGGUGGGCCCACAUCCAAUAUGACUGAUGUUCUUAUGGGAUAUGGGAAAUCAAGUCAUGGACACAUGGGGAGAACCCUCGUGAAGACAGGCAGAGACUAGAGUCACCCAUCUGUGAGCCAAGGAUGGCCAAGGACUGAAUGCCACCACCAGACUGGGAGAGGUGUGGAGGGGCUCUCCCCUACAGGCUUCACAGGAACGUGGCCCUACCACACCGUGAUUUCAGACUUUUGGCUUCCAGAACUGCGAGAUGAGGAGUUUGUAAUGUUUUAUUUGGGUUCUGUUAGGAUGGCCACAGACAACUUGGGCAGUGUCCACUCCCCCCACCCCCACCGGAGACAGUAGCUUUCCUCUCCACUCUCCUUCUCACCGGACAGAAGAUUCUCCGGGAAUCUUCCCUCACAGAUGCGAGAGGGGGAAGAAAUUAGGGUGGAGGCUUGUGGUGCUGGGGCCAUUGCUCGGAGCAGUAGAAGGAAACCCCCUUAGCGUUCCCUGACCUUCGAGAAUCCCAGAGAACACGCGCCUUGGUUUCUGCCUGCUUCUCCAGGGGCCGAGUUAGUGCUCUGGGAUGUCCUGCAUGCUUGCCCAUUCCUGAAAAGGGUGGAAUAUUUAAGUAAAACAUAAUUGUUGGAAACCUGCACGUAGUAUGAAUAAAAAGCAACACAUAAGCAUCAUCAGCCAUCCUCAGUGGACAAAUCGGGCCCCAUUCACGGCAGCCCUUGCUUCAUGGCUAGACCGUGGUGCCUGCAGGCGAGCUUGGAGGCAGGGGUUAGGACAUCUCUGGGGCAGAGCUCUGGCGUGGACAACUAUAGUCCCUGAGAUGAGUGCUUCUUUGGGUCAGAAUUCUUUUAAAAUCUAAUGAAAGCUAUGAUCCCCCGUACCGGAAAAAUGCACAUAGAAACAUUUUGCCCAGCAUCUCAGGGGGUCAUGGGCCGCUGGAAACCCUCUCACACCUGCUUGCACCUCAUGGACCCUGUGUGAGCUGCCUGCUUCCGACAGACACACAUCGCCCACGGGGAAAGCACACGUGCCCGAGCGCAGGUUUGGAGGGGGACCCGGAGCGCACGUGACCCAGGACGUGAGUCAGAGUGGGCACAGCGGCUGGGACCCUGGACCCAGCAGCUGGUGCUUACCGCCACUGGGAUUCUUUGGACUUUUAAGGCAGAGAGAGAUCCCAUGAUCUGCAGUCCUCCCAGUCCUCAAGGGACCAGGUAUCCAGCA